AUGUCCAGAAGAUUUGUUUGGCCAAAACGAGACUUAGUUGGCGCUCAUCAAGAACUCAUGGAGCCAGUCGUGGACCUUGCGGGCUUCUUUAGAGGUGAUGAGGAGGCAACAAAGCAAGCUUCUGAUAUCAUUAAGGCUGCUUGCUUGGACCAUGGUUUCUUCCAAGUGAUCAAUCAUGGGGUUGAUCUCAAUCUCAUUAGCCUCGCCCAUGAACACAUGGAUAAUUUCUUUAAGCUUCCAACUUGCGAUAAACUAAGGGUUCGGAGGAUGCCAGGUAGCAUGUGGGGUUAUUCUACUGGACAUGCUGAUCGGUAUUCGUCUAAAUUGCCAUGGAAAGAGACACUAUCUUUUGGCUAUCAUGAGAACUGUUCCAACUCUAUUGUGAUAGACUUUUUCAAGUCUACCAUAGGGAAGGAUUUUGAAGAAACAGGAAUGGUCUAUCAAAAAUAUUGCGAAGCUAUGAAGGAUUUGUCCCUCGCCAUAAUGGAACUAUUGGCAAUCAGCUUGGGAGUUGAUCGAUGGCAUUAUAAAAGGUUUUUUGAGGAUGGCUGCUCUAUAAUGAGAUGUAACUUCUACCCGCCUUGUCCAGAGCCAAGUCUUACUCUUGGCACCGGACCUCAUUGCGAUCCAACAUCGCUAACCAUACUUCACCAGGAUCAAGUUGGAGGUCUUGAAGUUUUUGCAAACAACAUAUGGCAGACGGUUCGACCCCGUCAAAGUGCCCUUGUUAUCAACAUUGGGGACACCUUUAUGGCCUUAUCGAAUGGGGCCUACAAGAGUUGCCUGCACAGGGCAGUGGUCAAUAAGUACAAGGGAAGGGGAUCGUUGGCAUUCUUUCUUUGCCCAAGAGAAGACAAGGUGGUGAGACCACCACAGGAUCUUGCGUGCAAUCAAGGGAAAAGGAUGUACCCAGACUUUACAUGGUCAGAUUUGCUCCAUUUCACACAGAAGUACUACAGAGCUGAUGACGCUACCCUUCAGAACUUCACCAAAUGGAUCAUCUCUCCACAAUCAGCAAAUCUCUAG